AUGCGGCAUGCGGGAUCAGUCAGCGACAUAUACGCGGGCUUUUUUUUCGGUUUCUCCCCCCACCACUCCCCACACUUUCCAGAGCUCUGCAGCGUUCAUAACCUGGCCACUGGUACCAGCCUUCUCCGCGACACCCGUUUCCUCCAUCCGCUCGUUUCCGCAAUGGCCGACAACCAGACCCCUGAAGCGCCCAGCCAACGUGGUGGACGUCGCCGUGGCCGCGGAGGGGCAGCUUCCUCCGGCCGUGAGAACACCCAGAACAACACCGAUGGUGAGAAGCGUUCCAAGCCUCGUACACGAGGCAGUGGCCGGGGUGGCGGAGACAAUGGCCGCCAGACCCGCAAGACCGAACAGACCAGCAAUAAAGACACGCAGUCCAAACUCACGGUGACGUCGGCGACCAAGAAACCAGUGGAAGCUGCCACCGACGAUGCAGACGAUGGCGAGGUCUGCUUCAUUUGCGCCUCUGCUGUCGAACAUACCUCAGUUUCCCCUUGCAACCACCGAACAUGUCAUAUUUGUGCGCUUCGACUGCGCGCACUAUAUAAGAACAAGGCUUGUGCUCAUUGCCGGACGGAAUCAAACUUCGUUGUAUUUACGGAUGAUCCUGCACGACGGUAUGAGGAUUUCCAGAAGAAGGACUUCGCUCGGACGGACGAGAACCUGGGAAUCGAGUACGAGAAUGAUGAGAUUUUUGGAGACACUGUGCUUCUGCUUCGAUACAACUGCCCAGACGAGGAUUGUGAUGUGGCUUGUCUGGGCUGGCCAGACUUGCACCGUCAUGUCAAGUCGAAGCACAACAAAAUGAUGUGUGAUCUUUGCACUCGUAACAAGAAGGUUUUCACACACGAGCAUGAGCUCUUUACUGCGGCGGAGUUGCGAAAGCACGAGAAAACUGGCGACGAUAAGCCUGGAGCUAUUGAUCAAAGUGGAUUCCGGGGUCACCCCGAGUGUGGCUUCUGCCGUCAAAGAUUCUAUGGUGACGAUGAGCUCUACGCUCACUGUCGUGACAGACAUGAACGCUGCCACAUUUGUGAUCGCCGCUCCUCCCACCGCCAGCAGCAAUACUACAUUGAUUACAACGCCCUUGAGAAACAUUUCUCGAAGGACCAUUUCGUCUGUCUUGACAAAGAAUGUUUGGAGAAAAAGUUUGUCGUUUUUGAAUCUCAAAUGGACUUGAAAGCCCAUCAGAUUGAAGCCCAUCCGGAUGGCCUGUCGAAGGACAUUCGCCGUGAUGCAAGAAUGGUUGACCUUGCCGAGUUUGACAACAUGCGCACACCAUUCCAACCGCAGCGCCAGCAGCGUCGCGGGGCUGGCCGCGGUCGUGACCCUAAUGCCGAGCCACUGCCACAAUCUAGUGCACAGCCAUUAACUCGAGCCGAACUUGCAUACCAGCGUCAAAUGGCCAUCCAAAGUUCACAAUCUGUCUCAACACGAACCUUCGGUGGCCAGCUUACCCGAGAAGACGUCCAACCUGUGCGUGCGCCUGAACGCUCAGCCGCUGCCACCCCAGUGCAGUCUCCUCCUGUGUCACGCCAACCACUCCCUACUGCAGCAUUCGAAAAUCUCAACCUUGCUGCCAACUCUGGACCAGCUACACCCCAGGAUCAGGCCCGCCGAAUGCGCCAUGAGGCUGUGGUUCAACGUGCAUCCAGCCUUCUUCGCAACGAUGCCACCAAGCUCAGCGAGUUCCGCAGCAGAGUAUCAAGCUUCCGUACCUCCUCUAUCUCAGCAACCGAGCUCAUCGAUGCCUUCUUCUCGUUGUUUGACACUUCCAGCACAGAGCUAGGCAAACUCGUCAAGGAGCUCGCCGAUAUUUACGAAGAUGAAUCAAAGCGCUCCGAGCUUUUACGUGCUUGGAACGAUUGGCGCGCCAUUAACGAAGACUAUCCCGCUCUUCCAGGCCCCGGUGGUCUCCUACCAGGCAUGUCCCCUGGCACCGUCAACACCGGCGGCAGUCGUGUUCUACGCCUGAAGUCAUCAACGGCCCGAUCUUCGCGCUCUGCUGUCGGCAAAAGCGGCUCCCUCCCAACAGCCCCCUCUAACCCCUUCCCCCCUCUCUCUGCUGCAGCUGGUCCUUCCCGACGUGGAAAGGCUGCCGCCGCAACACCCUGGGCCUCAGCACCCCCACCUCCCCCCGUGGCCCGUCCCGCAGCUCGCCCUGUACUCCCAACCCCUACCAGUUCCUACUCAGCCCCAUCCUCAAGCCGUGCUCCUGCUGCCCCGGCUCCCAGAACUGCCGAUGCAUUCCCCUCUCUUCCAGCCGCGCCCAAGCCCAAUGUACUGAUGGCCGGCAAGACGCGUGGCACAGUUCGCUGGAAUAAUAACCUUGGCCCCGCCACGAACGCAUGGGACUCGAACCCAAGUUCUGGUACUGCCUCUCCUGCUGAGCCGAACUAUGACAAUGAAGCUAGUUCCGGUAAGAAGGGCAAGAAGGGCAAGGGAAAGCAAACCCUGUUCCAUUUUGGUUAA